CAGAGCGGUAUUAAUUUAGGGCCUUCUGAAUACAUCCCUGAAAUUUCUUUCUGAAACUCUAGGGAUUUCUAGGGAUUUUUCUAGGGACUGUCAGUAAUAGAGGAAACGCGUUCUUUGCGAACGUCUAUGCUAGGGAAAGAAAACAAGAAAGAUGGCGUCUGCUUUAGAAAACCUGGAGACCCAGUUGGAGCUUUUCAUAGAAAACGUAAGACAAAUACGUAUUAUAGUAAGUGAUUUUCAACCUCAAGGACAAAACGUAUUGAACCAAAAGAUCCAAGGUUUAGUUAAUGGUUUACAAGAAAUAGAUAAAUUAAAGUCUCAAGUUCAAGAUGUUCAUGUACCUUUGGAGGUUUUCGACUACAUCGAUCAAGGCAGAAAUCCACAGUUGUACACAAAGGAUUGCAUAGAAAAAGCAUUAACUAAAAACGAGCAAGUGAAAGGAAAGAUCGAUGCUUACAGAAAAUUUAAAGCAAAUAUGCUCGUAGAAUUAACUAGAGUUUUCCCGCACGAAUUGGCAAAGUACAGAGCGAUACGAGGCGACGAGUGAAUACACGUACGAUAUAUCGUACCGUUAAUUUUAAUAUUCUUCUGUAAUCGUUUGUAUAAGAAAUAUUUAUUAAAAUAAAAAAAGUUUGUAUGAAAA